AGUAAGACGUGACAGAAAUAGCUCCGUAUCGUACCAUUUACCUCUCGUAUCAUAAUCGCUAUACGUAUUAUUUCUUAAUAAUAAUUGCCAAUUAAUCGUUAUGAGUAGGAUAUACUCACCUUGAUUCACGCGACUAACGUGAUUUUACGUACUAAAUUCGGCGGAUAUUAUCUUCAAUUUUAGAUGUAAUUAUUCACGUUCAUACAAUAUAAUAUAUAAUAGUAACACGCUAUGAAUGCGGCAAACGCGAACAUGUACUAUUUUUCAUAUGCAAGAAGCGCAGAAUGUAUACCGAAGUAGUUUAGACGUAAUACAGCCGCGGCAAAUAAUGCGUACUUUUCGAUUUGUCUUUGCUGCCGUUAUCUACUCUUACGCCGUGAAUAUCGAAUGUCGAACCGUGCAAUCGCGUUUUGUGAGUUACUGCUUUGUCAAGAUAGAGCAAAGUGCGCGUCGAAAAUAUCGUGUAACACGCAAUUGUAAUUCAAUUGGCAAUAAAAUUCACAUCAGUUGCAUUGCAUAAAGAUUUGCGCGAAUAAUUAACAUUUCCGCGAGUGAGUGCCAUGAAAGAACAGAUACGGACCAUUGAGAGGAGGAGGAGGCCCAGGGGGCAUCAAACGCCGGCGGAGCAACCGUAUGAUCAACGCAUAUUCUACAACUCCGCUGUUGCGCAUCGUAUGCUGGUAAGAUUUCGGAGAGCAGGUAAAAAGGAAACUUGUAUCCCAAAGCAUCACAUAUUCAUGUAUACAUUUUCACCGUCACAUGUGUCAAGUUGAAUGGCAAAUCUCUAUUGGACCGGAUAAAUCUUGUCAGGAGCACGGCACGGCGCGAAACAGCAAAGGGGGGACAAAGAGAAUUUCUUCGAAAUACGUGCACAAUACGCGUGUGUGUGCAUGGAAGACAAGGACUGUAUCACGAGAACGUCGCACGAGAGAGAACGAGGCGGGACAAGGUGGCGGCUCCGCUAAGUCACACCAGCUUCCGGCAUCAUCGGCGGAAGAAAAAUGUCGAGUAUCGGGGAUAGCCCCGACAGAAUGGCACUGCCGCAUUAUUCCCUACGAUGGCACAAUCAUCAGGCCCACAUCCAGCAGUCGUUCGAGGCGUUGCUGCAAGCGGAGAUGCUAGUCGACGUAACGUUAGUCUGCGCCGACGGCAGCUUCAAGGCACACAAGGUCGUCCUUAGCGCUUGCAGUCCAUUCUUCGAAAGGAUAUUCGCGGAGCAUCCGUGCAAGCACCCCUUAAUCGUCGUGAAGGACUUCUCGCGUCACGAGGUAUCCGCGUUGAUCGACUUCAUGUAUCGCGGUGAGGUGAAGAUCGCUCAGGAGGAAUUACCGGCACUGAUGAAGGCCGCGGAGUGCCUGCAAGUGCGCGGAUUGUCAUCCUCAGAGCCUAGGCCGGUGUCGGCGGGACCCAGACCGUCGUCGUCGUCGUCGACACCGACGCGCGACCUCCUCCUGAGCGAGUCACCCAUGCCGGAAGCCAUGCGGCAUGACACGCCCGAAGAGGACGAUAACGCGUUGGAGAGCACGAGGGAAAUGCCGCCUAUCCUGUUUCAACCAACGAGGGACCAGACGGUUGCCAAGCUGCCGCUGAUCAGUCACAUGAACUUCGGCAUCCGGGAGAGCUGCGGCUCUCCGUUAAUGGCGCGCCGAAAGCAAGCGCGUCCGCGCCGACGAUCCAGCGAGUUGGUACCGCAAGAUCUGAGCAGACGCUCGAGCCCGCCGGCCUGUUUGAGUCCGCUGCCGAGCGGAAUUCUCAAUCUCAGCGGUGGUCAGCAUCAGACGCAGCAGCAGCAGCAACAACAACAGCAGCAGCAGCAGCAGCAGCAACAACAACAAUUAUCUCAGCAUCAUCAACAGCAAUCUAUCAAUAACGCACAGAAUCAACAGCAGCAGCAACAGCAGCAUCUACAGGAGGACAUGGCGGAAAAUCUAUCGAUGAAGAAACCCUUGUCGCCGAGCGGAAUGGAUCAGCAUCACGUGAAGACGGAGGGCAGCGAGGCGACGAGCAGUCCUCGCGGCUCGCCGCUUACGGGGACGAGCCUGCUGCAUCCCGACGGCCCCGUGCAGGACAUCGUCGCGUCGGCGGCUGUAGCGGCGGCGGUUGCCACCGUUACGCUACCGACGAUGUCGACGUUGUCGUUGCCGCAGCCGCAUCCACCCGAGUACCUGACAAGCCUCGGCCAGCUGGCGAGCCAAUGGCUGCCCGGGCAUCCGCAGAGCCAACUGCCGCCGCCGCCGCUCCAGGCGCAUCAUCCGCGCGAGGACAGUCCGCACGGGCCCGGCAAAUCGCAUCCGUAUCAGCAGCAGCCGCAACAGCAGCAGCGGGAUUCGCCGAUGCUACCUCGGCGCAGUUCCAUCGCAGCGAUGUUCACGCCAACGCUGGACGGCCUCGGCGGCGGGCUCUUUCCACACACCGGCACAUACGACCGAAGCAACCUUCUCACGGACUCGCUUCUCGCAGACAAUUUCAAGCCGGAGGCAUUGCAGAGUCUGUUCGGCACCCCGAACCUCGGUCCGCCGCCCAGCAAGAAGGCGAAGAAGCAUCGAAGCGACGGCGACGCGCCGCGUAGAUGGAACGAUCACAACGCCCGCGCGUACGCGACGAAUAGACCGAAAGGGCAGCAUAGCGCGCCGCGUGGCGGUCCGCCCAGAUCGUGGACGAAUAAUGAGCUGACGAUGGCCUUGCAGCAUGUUUGGGAGAAGAAAUUAACCACGUCGCAGGCUAGUCGUAUGUUCGGUAUUCCUUAUAACAGUCUGCUGAUGUACGUACGCGGCAAAUACGGAAAGAGUCUGAAGCUCGAACAGUUGCGGAGGGACUGUAUCGGCGCCAACAACUCGGAGAUCAUGAACAACAACACCGUCAAGCCCGUCCAGCAAUCCGCACAGAUGAGCCAUCCGAUCCCGGGUUUACCGUUGCAGCAUCCGGGCGACAACGGUGGCUUCCCCCAUCGCUCUCUACUCGGCGGCAACCUGUCGCAGCCGCAGGGUUUUUACCCCGCCGACUUUGCCACCGCGCCCUUUCCCAUGCCGGUAAACAUGGUGCAUCUCUUGCCGCCGAGCGAGCAGAAGACCUUCGAAUCGUCUGCGAAUCCGAGCGGAGACGGCGGUGGCGGUGGUGACGGAAGCGGCAGCAGUGGCGGUGGUGGCGACCUGGCAAAUUCACAGAGCAGCGAGACACCAUCGCCCAUCGUCGAUCAUCAUCAUCACCACGAGUCGUCGAUGCAACCACAAUCGUCGCAAUCGGUGCCCGCGUUGCUACAGCAAAACGGUUCCGAUUAGGAUUGGACUGGGAUCGUUGGGCUUGACCAGUACGUUCUCGUACGUUGAUGUUAGCGAUGAUUUAUUUGUUACCUUUUCGCCCGCGAGGACAGACGACAGGAUGGUCGAUUGGUUCUUUGGCUGCGAACGCCGUAAACAUGUCGUUCCGUCGGAUCCAAGUAUCGAUAGUUUUACUUCGAUGAAAACUGUAUAAAAAGCUAAUAUUGAAUUUCACGUAAAAACAUUAAAUAAGGGAAAUAUUAUUUCUGUGGCAAUGAGUUAGCAAUAUAUGAACAGAAAGUCGAGUGUUGUUCCAGCGAACAUCGUAUCGCCCACGAGUAAGCGCAAUCGGCUGCGUUGUUAUAUAAUAAAUCCGCGAUUCGGAAGAAUGUGCCGUAGUAAUCGAUGUCGGAAAUUAUUUAGAGGUAUUUUGCAACUGUUUUGAAUCUUUUUAAAAUGUUACGCCUGAUUAUUGCAUUCGCGGUACACGGAUUAAAUAGAUGCAACAUUUGUGUUAAAAAAUUGAUUUUUCUUAAUUAAAAAGAAUUUGAUUGUUUAAUUUCAGACUUAGAAUUAGAUUUAAUUUUCAAAAUUAUUAG